AUGGGUGGUACUCUUGCCUAUGUACAAGACUCUUCGAACUUGCUUGCUCCUUCAAACGGCCCCCAGCUCAAAUUAAACGGGCCGCUUGAGGCGAACUGCGGCUUACGGGCAGCUAUGCAUUCAGCCCAUGCAUUAUUCCUCUUCUCUGCAAAGCCAAUCAUAGCGUACAUACACUACAAUGUCGGCCCAGUGUCUUGGCUCCAAGGGAGUGUACUACGUACGGCAGCCAUCACAAAACCUCGACAUAUCGAGACACUUCACGGCAUGGCCUCGAUAGAACACUUUGCUCAGGCCCAACAAUGCUCAAACCUGAGCCAAACCGGAACGAUUAAAUUGUUACGGCAGAUGUUCAGGAGUACUCCUAAGUGCUGUAUCUGCACCCACAGCUUGUACUUGUACUUACUGAACUCACUCGAUUCUGUUGAGGGCUUAUAUAUCACAGCCCACUUGUCCGGUACCUGUCUGACAGGCAACAUGGUUCCGCGUCCUCUCACCUUACUGCGUAUGUAUGAGCUUCAGCCACCAGCAACGAUGGGGUCCUACCGCUGUGCCAUUCCGUCAAUUAUCAGCUUCCACCCCACCCACUACGUCGCAGGGUCUCGCCCGUUCACUGUUCCCAUCGAGCCAGAACGUUCCGAGAGACAGACAAACCGCCGCCGCAACAUCCUGCUAUCACUUCGCAUUGAGUCACGGCCGCGGCCAGGGUCGCCGUCGAAUCACACUUCAAAGGUCCCCUGUGAACGACAUGUGCCCCCGCGCUCUCGACAGGAAAUGAGCCGUAUCACUUGGGAUAUCCCGUUGAUCUCACGCGCCAAUGCAUACCGCGAUCCAAGCAGCCGCCGACUCAUCCCACUACCACACCACAAUGUUGACCACCCGCGAAUCCUGCCAAACGAGACUCGGCACCUCAGUGAACCAAUGCAUAGUACCAACCUUAGUAUCCGCAUACCUAUAUCUGCCUCUACCAGGACAUACGAAGGACUCAGCCCUGGCAUGGACGGGACCAUCUUCUUGGCAACCCCAUCAGAUUCUGUCCGAAUGUUUCGAGACCAUCUUAUCCGAUCAUUUCCGCCCAGCCGUCCGUUAUCCUGGAACCUUCCUUUCCGAUUCCUAGCAUGUCACCGAUGGCCCAGUCUGGAACCUGAGCUUCGACCCUUAUUCCCGUCAGCUUUCGAAGAUCUUCGUCCGUAUUUCGCCUGGAGCUUGGGAAAGCUGUUGAACGAUGUACCUGGUCGAUGGAGUCUGGAUCGCGACCGCUGCUGCCGUUGUCUCCACCGCAUCACUACACGUCCUACAGUCAUGCGAUUCCGAUAUAGAUACCAAGUGCGUCCCAUCCCAGGUCGGAAGCCAUUCCGCCAAACGCUUUUAAACAGUGCCUACCCUGGCCCUUCUGCUGAGUGGCCGAAACCAACAUAUUUUUUUGUCAUCGAUUUGCCAUCGGGCCCCGUUCAAGCCAAGGACGAGACGCGGCCUCCCCACGGACAGUGGAACUCGAUUUCAUCGGGCGGCUCGGACAGAGAUGCCAGCCGCUGUACCGUAGUGUCCUUGCCGGGCAAACGGCUCUCUCGGUCAUCCGGUAGUCAUCAGGAGUUUCCUGCAACAGGCCAACACUAUGACUCCGGAACAAAGUUCACAUGCCCGGGGCCAGCGGCGACCAAAAUUGGGUGCAUUAGCGGCGUCCAAAACGCUCCGGCACAGGUGGAAACGGACCCGUUGACGCAACCUCACGGCAGCAGGUUUUCACAACCGGAUGCCUUACUGACGGCCCCUACCCUUUCCUCUUUCAUGGCCGACCAUCGAGCGACCUAUCCCUCACCGCUCCUGUCCGACUCUGGUAUCAUUGGCUCCAGACUAUCCGGGUCGAUGUCCUAUUCGUGCCAGGUGGCAUUGGUAUCUCUGAUGGCUGUUGGUCGGCUGCAAUCAGCCCCCAUUCCAACUCGUCCGGGGAAAGCGGCUAUCCGUAUUGUCGUCGUCUCGCAGACGCAACCACGGUUACCGCUGUGGCCGACCCUACCCAAAACCGGAAUGAAGCUCGCUGGUUCCAUGGGAUCUGUCGGGAUUCUGCAGAGACCGUUGAGCGGCUUCAGUUUCCACGAGUGGCCAGAGCGAGCCGCACCAAAGCUUGACCGAGUCGCGAUGCUCUGGAUGAAGAGGGUGUCGACCGCGAUCUUUGGAGACAAGAAGCAGACUGCGCGACCCAAGGGCUUUGGCAUUCGCCUCUUGUCUUCCUGCAGAUCGUGUGUAUCUACCAAGGAGGCCGUCAUAUAA